GUCAGCUGUAACGUUAGCAACCACGCUGAGCGACGGGACCGGGAUCGUUAACGUGAAGGAUUGUCCCGGACUGCACUCUGAAUCCAUGUCUUAGACAGCGGCCACACUCAGAUCUACCGGAGACGCGGCUUAUCGUGCUAUCUGACAGAGCGGCGGGUUGAGCCAUGCCGCCGGCGUCCAGCUGUGACUGCCCCCACUUGGACUGCGUGGGGGAGAUCACCAAGGAGGAACUGAUUCAGAAAUCCCAUGGUCAGUGCCAAGACUGUAAAGUUGGAGGACCAAAUUUGUGGGCGUGUUUGGAGAAUGGCUGUGCCUACGUGGGCUGUGGAGAGUCUCACACUGAUCACAGCACCGUCCACUCGCAGGAGACGAGGCACAACCUGACAGUCAACCUGACCACGCUGCGAGUCUGGUGCUACGCCUGUGGCAAGGAGGUUUUCCUGGAGCGUAAGCUGGGUCCUCACUCACCCAGCGCGAACAUCAAACCCCUCCCAUCGCCGCAGAACCCUGCUCAGGAUAACAGCAGGGCCCCCGGGAGCCCAGCGUCUCUCAGAGUGCCGCCGAAUGGAGGCUGUGAGGAUCUGGACAUGGAAACGGAAGAGGAGGAUGACCUGCGCGCCAGAGGCCUGACGGGGCUGAAGAACAUCGGCAACACCUGCUACAUGAACGCCGCCCUGCAGGCGCUGUCCAACUGCCCGCCGCUGACGCAGUUCUUCCUGGAGUGCGGCGGCCUGGUGAGGACGGACAAGAAGCCCGCGCUCUGCAAGAGCUACCAGAAGCUGGUGACGGACCUGUGGCACAAAAACAGGCCCUCGUACGUUGUCCCAACCAACUUGUUCCAGGGGAUCAAAGCCAUAAACCCCAUGUUCCGCGGAUAUUCCCAGCAGGACUCUCAGGAGUUUCUGCGUUGCCUGAUGGAUCAGCUGCACGAGGAGCUGAAGGAGUCGCUACCCGAGCCCUACGACCAGUCCAGCGGCAUCGCCGUGGACGACGGCCCCGAAGAGGACAACCACAGCCAGUCUGACGACUUCCAGUCCUGCGAGUCCUGCGGCAGCAGCGAGAAGGCCGACAACGAAGCGCAGGUCGGGACCGCGCCGCCCGCGGACGACACCAACGAGGCCGAAAUGCUGAUUCCGGAGCAGGACGAGAUCCAGGCCAACCGGGAGUGGCAGAAAGAGAAGAACAUGAUUAACGACCUUUACCGCUCCGGGGUCAACGGCGUCAUGGGCGGAAACGCCGGAGCCGACAUCGACAAAGACGUGGACACCACCACCGAGACCACGCCCAUCAUCAGCAGCCAGGGGGCCCUCAAGGUGCAAGGGAGGACCUCGGAUUGCUUUCCAGAUAUCCAGAUGUCGAACACCACAAGGCCACAAAGUCCAGUCCCCAUGGAGGGACACAUUCCUAAAAUGUCCAGCAGUCCACCCAAAGCGUCUGGCUGGCCCAGCCUCAACCCCGCUCAUAAGAAAGCAGUGACCACAUUCUCCCCGCCAAAGAACAAGCGUCAGAAGAAAUAUCGCAGCGUCAUCUCGGACGUGUUCGACGGGACCAUCGUCAGCUCAGUCCAGUGCCUCACCUGCGAUCGGGUGUCUGUGACCCUGGAGAACUUCCAGGAUAUCUCGCUGCCCAUCCCGGGGAAGGAGGACCUGGCCAAGCUCCACUCAUCCACCCACCAGACUUCGCUGGUGAAAGCUGGCUCCUGCGGGGAAGCUUACGCACCACAGGGGUGGAUAGCAUUUGUCAUGGAGUACAUUAAAAGUUGGUUCUGGGGGCCAGUGGUUACGCUACAAGACUGUCUUGCAGCUUUCUUUGCCAGAGAUGAACUAAAGGGAGACAACAUGUACAGCUGUGAAAAAUGCAAGAAAUUACGAAACGGUGUCAAGUUUUGUAAAAUGCAAAGUCUGCCAGAGAUCCUCUGCAUUCACUUGAAGCGCUUCCGGCACGAGUUGAUGUUCUCCACCAAGAUCAGCACCCACGUCUCCUUCCCGCUGGAGGGCCUGGACCUGCAGCCGUUCCUGGCCAAAGACAGCUCUGCCCAGACCUCCAACUACGACCUGCUGUCGGUCAUCUGUCACCACGGCACUGCCAGCAGUGGCCACUACAUAGCCUACUGCAGGAACGACGUCAACAAUCUGUGGUACGAGUUUGACGACCAGAGCGUGACCGAGGUCUCCGAGUCCUGCGUGCAGAACGCCGAAGCCUAUGUGCUUUUCUAUAAAAAGAGCAACGAGGAUGCGCUGAAGGAGCGCCGGAGGGUGUCGGGCCUGUUCAACAUGAUGGAGCCCAGCCUUCUGCAGUUCUACAUCUCCCGCCAGUGGCUCAACAAGUUCAAGACCUUCGCUGAGCCGGGGCCCAUUUCCAACGACGACUUCCUCUGUUUGCAUGGAGGUGUGCCGCCCAACAAAGCCACGCUGAUCGACGACCUGGUAGUAAUGCUGCCCCAGAAUGUGUGGGAUCACCUUUACAGCAGGUAUGGAGGCGGGCCGGCCGUCAACCACCUGUACGUGUGCCACACCUGCCAGAUCGAGAUAGAGAAGCUGGAGAAGCGGCGCAAGUCGGAGCUGGACAUGUUUGUCCGGCUGAACAAGGCGUUCCAGGAGGAGGAGUCUCCAGUGGUCAUAUACUGCAUCAGCAUGCAGUGGUUUCGCGAGUGGGAGGGCUUCGUCAAAGGAAAAGGGAACGACCCACCGGGACCAAUCGAUAAUGCCAAGAUCACAGUUAACAAGAACGGACAUUUGACACUCAAACAAGGAGCCGACUCGGGUCAGAUUUCCGAAGAGACGUGGAAUUUCCUCCACUCGAUCUACGGCGGCGGCCCGGUGGUGACGGUCCGGCCCAGCGUCAGCCACCUGGAAGCCGAGUCGCUGCAGUCGGAGGAGAAGAUCGAGGUGGAGACGCGCUCCGUCUAAGCAAAGCACUCGCCAGUAAACAAAGGAAAAUGUUUAAAAAGUUAAAAAAGAAAAAAAAAAAGAGAGAGAGACAAACCCUUUUUAUUUUGCACUUGACUUUUUUCUUUUAAAAAGCAUUCAAGCGAAGGACCUCAUUUGUUCUGCUACACGACAGCCUUUGACAGAGGGAAGUGAUGUCUGAAAAAAAGGUCUGCCACGUUGUACAAAUCUGUAUAAAGAGCUCUUAAAUUUCUAUUAGCACUGUAGUAUUCAUGUGUCAGGUUGUUUUCAGAACCAAGCAUUUACAUUUUGUGCAGCUAAAAAAAUUCCACUGAAUGCCAUACUUUUUUUUUCUUGACCAAAUGAGCACAUAUUGUAUGUUCACGUGUUGCUGAUACUGAUGAAUCACAAUACAGCUUGCUGUAGAUAUAUCACACAUCUGUUCUUGUUGUAUGAAAAUAUUGUGACUAAAAGGUUAGGAGAGCAAACCGUGUCGCUUAACGUGUCGGAAAUCUAAAAGGUUAUGAAGGGACUAAAUGACUGAGUAGUCUCAGGAAUGAAAUCUGUGUUUCUUUGCACUGUUCUGUAGAUGUACAAAUUGGCAUGACAAUGUCUGGUUUGUAUUUGAAUGUACCAGUACUGAUGAGUAUAAUGGUCAGGAUUCAGCACUUGGUUAUUUAUGAGAGGAGGAGGAGGAGGAUGUGAUUUCUUAUGUCAGUAAUACUAUAGUAGAGAAUAUGUGGCAGGCAGACUCUGUUAGGAAUGCAUGCUUUAACACUCGAAUCCCAGUUUAACAUCACAUGUAACUGCAUGUAAAUGCAAAGCAGCUCAUAAAUCGUGCACGCAGUCCAGAUCUGUCUUCACUGAAUUGUACAGCUACAGACUCAUGUUGUAGUAUGGAAUAAGCACCAUCAGCAGCAGCAGCAGCAAUCUGAAUAAUCAAAGGCAUUAUUUUUGUGUAUGGGCAUGGUGUUGCUUCAUAUGUUGGCUGAUGGGGGGGCUCAACACAAUGCUGUUCUCCCAGGUUUUGCAUAUGAAUAAGAUCUAUCUUAAUUUUUGCUGGCUGACACUAUUAAAACUUGAUGAAAACA